GUAUAUAUACCAUCGGAAAGGUUCCAAGACACGAAGAAGAAGUCGGGAGUAAAGUAGAAGUCUGAUAUAUUAUGGGGAAAGAGAGGGAAAGUCAGCCACUCUCCAUGUCUGACUCAGACCAUAUUUUCUUACUUUUAUCAUCCAUCUUGACUCUUCUUAUUAUCUUCACUGUAAUCAACAGAAAGAAAACCAGAUUUAAUCUUCCUCCGGGCAAGAUGGGGUGGCCUUUGAUUGGAGAAACCAUUGCUUAUUAUAAGCGUCACUCGGCUACAUCAGUAGGCGAAUUCAUGGAAAAUCGCAUGGCAAGGUAUGGAAAAAUCUACAAGUCUAACUUGUUUGGGGAGCCGACGAUAGUCUCUGCAGAUGCUGGGCUAAAUAAAUUCAUAUUUCUGAACGAAGGGAAAUUGUUUGAAAGCAGUUUUCCGAGAAACUUAGCUGGAAUUUUUGGGAAAUGGGCUAUGGUGGAACUUGUUGGAGACAUGCAUAAAGGAAUGAGAAAUAUAUCCCUCAAUUUCCUGACCCACACCAUGCUGAGGACUCGUCUAUUAAGAGAAGUGGAAAAAAAUACCUUUCUUGUUUUGAAUGCAUGGAAGGAUAAUUCUGUAUUCUCUGCCCAAGACGAAGCCAAGAGGUUUACUUUCAAUAUAAUGGCGAAACAUACUAUGAGCAUGGACCCUGGAAAGCCUGAGACUGAGCUCUUAAGAAGAGAAUAUCUUACUUUCAUGAAAGGAGUUGUAUCUGCACCUUUAAAUUUGCCUGGAUGUGCUUACAGAAAGGCCUUACAGUCUCGAUCAACUGUCCUGAAAUUCAUUGAGAAAGAAAUGAAAGAGAGAAUCCGAAAAAUGAAAGAUGGAGCAGAAGACAUGGAGGAGGAGGAUGUUCUGGGGUGGGUUUUGAAGCAUUCGAAUCUUUCAACAGAGCAAAUUCUUGAUUUCGUGCUAGGUUUGCUCUUUGUCGGCUAUGAAACUUCAUCAGUUACCUUGGCUUUAUCUAUCUACUUCUUGCAAAGUUGCCCUGCAGCCAUUAAACAGUUGCAGGAAGAACACCUUGAGAUUGCCAGAGCCAAGAAGCGAUCAGGAGAGAUGGAGUUGAACUGGGAAGACUACAAGAAAAUGGAAUUCAGCCAAUGUGUUGUGAGUGAGACACUUAGGCUUGGAAAUGUUGUAAGAUAUCUCCACAGGAGGGCUCUGAAAAAUGUACAGUACAAAGGUUAUGACAUUCCAAGUGGGUGGAAAGUACUUCCAGUAUUAACAGCAAUGCACUUGGAUUCUUCUCUCUUUGACCACCCUCAACACUUCAAUCCAUGGAGAUGGCAGCAAAACAGUGAAAGUCGUGGGGCAACAAGCAAUUAUUUCAUGCCGUUUGGGGCAGGACCCCGGCACUGCCCUGGAUCAGAACUAGCAAGAGUCGAAAUGGCUGUUUUUAUUCACCAUUUGGUCCUCAAUUACCACUGGGAAUUGGCUGAACCCGAUCAAGCUUUUGCUUUGCCAUUUGUGGAAUUCCCCAAAGGUUUACCCAUCAGAGUGAAGCACCAGCCCCUGAUAUGAUUAACUCAUGCUCAUGCAUGUAUGUAAUCGCGGACCGCUAGGAAGGUCAAGAUUAUAAUAAUAUAAAUAAAUUUUAUAUUAAAAUAAA